GAUGUCGACUUUUGAUGAUGAGGAAGGAAUUGGAAGAGGAGAAAGAUGUUAUGAUGCGAAAGAAAAAUGGGAAGAAGAGAAAGAAGUUAGAGGAUGGGAUGAAGAAGUGGAUUGGGGAGAUGAGGAAGAAGAAGAAAAAAUUAAAAAGUACGAAGAAGAAAUUAAAAAGGAAGAAGAAAAAAUUAAAAAAGAAAAAAAAGGAAAGGAAGAAAAGGAAGAAAAUAAAAAGAAAGAAGUGGUUGAGAAAAAGAAGGAUGAAUGGAAGAUAAAGAAAGAAGUUAAUAGUAGUAAAGGAAAGGAAAUAGUGGAAGUGGUUGUGGUGGACUUGCAGUGGGAAGAAGUGGAGGUGGCUGAAGAAAUGAAAGAAAUUUGUGUAUGAAGAGGAAGAAUAGAAGGGAAAAUUAAAUAAAAAUUUAAAAAGUUGAUUUUUUAGGAAAAAUUUUAAAAUAAGUAGUUUUUUUUUAUUGUAAGCCAACU